UUGUAAUUCGAGCGUUGCUGCGGAAAAUAUUCAAAAUGUGUUACUUUGGAAACCAAUGCUUGUUGAUUCGCGCUUUUGGAAUCAAUCGUUUCAGUGAAAAGUGUUUCACACUUGUGGGCAUUUUUAUGUGAAAAUGGAUGGCUGUUUAGGAUGCCAGGACAUAAAGGCGUUGCAGAAUUUGAUUAGUCCACCGAUAGAUAACUCGGACUCUGAGGAUGAUCUACCACAAGCUGGCGCACGAAAACUUUGUUUUUCAGGUCCCAGCGAUAUAGGCGCCCAAACUGUGGCGAAUGGUGCCCCUGAAAAUGCAGGCCCGCAUGGACCGCUGAAAGAAGGGCCUGACGAUAUUUGGCACCCCUCCGAGGCAGACAAAGCGCAAUAUUCUGAAACAUGCGAUCCAAGAGAGGUGCCCGAAUACGAGAUGAAAUUUAAGCAAGCUGUGUCAGCGGAGGAUGUCUUUCUAGGCAUGGGCUUCAAAACUCCGAGCACGGCUUCCUGCGAGUGGCUGGCCAUCCUCGUGAAGAUGCCGCAGGAGUCGCGCGACAGAGUCGAGCUCACCGUGGAAUCCGACGCGAUCGACGUUCGCAGCCCAAGAUAUCGGCUGCACCUCGCGACACCCCAUCCGGUCGAUCCCAGUGUCUCGUCUGCCAAGUGGCACACCGACGUUUCCGCUCUGGAGGUCACGCUGAAACUCGUACGCGAGCUGGACGCCGUGAAUUUUUAAUCUACCCAUUACGUGUUCGACUUUGUAUGUAGAAGUGUCAAUAUAUUUGUAUCUUCUUGAAAUGCGAUACGUGAUUUAUUCACGGGGUUGGUCGAUUUUUGUUUCAGACGGAAAGUAGGUAAACUUUGGAAAUUUAUGAUGAUUGAUCUGUUCGUGUUUUCAAUGUUCUGAUAUGUUUUUGGUAAUGUUUGUGAUGGUAAAAUUAAUGAUGCUAUUGUGGAGUAUCAUAGCUAUUAUAGUCAGUUCCAAGUCCUGCAGGCUUUAACAAAACUUAGCAUAGUGAGGAGCCUAAGUGAACCUAAGUCAGGUUACCCCUGCCCAAGGCAGUCGCUAAUGACCUCGACGCGACCUAGAGCAGUCAGCUAGAAAGAAAGAGUAAAUAAAUCCACGGCUCGUAAAA